UCAUUUUCUCUCCACAGACACACACACACACCACACACAGCCCUCAAAUGGACUCCCUUCAGGGCUUUAAUGGCGCUGAUCAUUUGAACCCUCAGGCCAAAGAAUGGAACCCUCUUUUCGAUUGCGCUCCCGAGGAAGAUCGCUGCCUCUUUCUCACUUUCUCGAAUGGAAACCCGCUCUCGGAACACCAAAUUGUUAACUUCUUCACUCGAAACUACGGGUCGUGCAUCGAAAGGGUAUACGUGCAUUAUCCGGACGGAGGGACUCAAUUGCCAUUGUUUGGGAAGGUGGUAUUUGUUGCAUCUUCAAUACCAGCAAUAAUUCUAGGAGGAAAAGACGAAGCCAAGUUUUCGAUUGAGAGCAAGACGUUAUGGUGUAAGAGAUACGAGGCUCGAAAAACUCGAUUUAGAGUUUAGGGUUUAGAGUUCAAAGCCUCUACGACGAAGAAACU